AUGGCUGCACAUCCAAAUCCCCUGGCUCCUUUCGUCAAAUUGGGUCCUUCUGUCUAUAUGCAGGACCCAGCAGAUACGGGGGACAAAGUCAAUCAGCCGUUGGUCUUCAUCGCUUUUUGGAUGAACGCACCACCUCGCGCCCUCGCCAAGUACGCAGUCAAGUACAGGCGCCUGGUGCCUACCGCUCGCAUCGUUUUUGUGCGUAGCUCCUCGAAUGAUUUCUUUUUUCAAGCCACCGAAAAUGCGCAGCGAGUGCAGAUAACCCCUGCCGUGGAAGCAAUCCGCUCUAUCGUGGCCCCUGAGAACCCCGUUUUCAUGCAUCUCUUCUCCAAUGGUGGCCUGUCAAAAACCGCCAACCUGCUCAAGGCAUACAAAGCUGCAACAGGGCAACCCCUCCUUUUCUCAGCAAUGGUAGUGGAUAGUGCACCGGGAACCGCCAAACUCAGCUCCGCGGUUCGAGCCUUCUCUUUUGCACUUCCUCAGAUGUGGAUUCUGCGAUUAUUCGGCAAAGGUCUCCUGUGGAUUUUCCUUGUCACAAUGAAAUUGAUCCAGACCAUCACGAGAUCCCCAGAUGUCAUCAGCUGUGCACGAAAGACGGUUAAUGAUCCCUCGCUUGUGCAGGCUGUCAACAACAAGGGCGUCCCUGUUCGCUGCUAUAUAUACUCCGAGGCCGAUGAUUUGGUUGAUUACCGCGAUGUUGAAAUGCAUGCAUCUGAAUCGGAAGCUGCCGGCUGGCUCGUGCAAUGUGAACGAUUCCAAGGUUCGCCUCAUGUUGGACAUAUGCGAGCAGCGCCGGAUCGAUACUGGGGCAUUGUUAAGGAACACCUGGAGCUCUCUUCACCCACAAUAUGA